AUGGAGGGUUGGACUUUACAACUGAAUCCCAAAUACACAAAUGUCGGAAAAGAAGAUGCUAGACGUUUUCACCCAUAUACUGUCCCGAGCACAGUGCGGGAGAAUCGAAAGACGAUUCCUGCAUUGGAGAUUGAACCUGCCUUGAAUUUCAAUCUCCUUUUCCUGAUAUUUAUCAUCUCCCUAGUAGCUACAAUACAAGCAAUUCUAGCCGUCGGUAGCUAUUCAGGUAUGUUAUUUGUUGUUCUAGUAACAAGGCGGUCGAUUCGUUUACAGACGCAUGCAAAGGAGAAAUCCAAUGUUCGUGACGAUCGUUAG